AUGGGUAAAGGCAAAACUUUAAGGAGUGAUUUACGAAAUGUGGUGCUAAAGGUUAUGACUUAUUUCGAAAAUGAGAAGAAAAACCGUUCUUACAUAAUACCUGUCGAUCAAGCUAUGAAACGCACGGCAAUGGCGACUGGUAUAUCUGAACGCACGUUACGAAACAUAAGACAAGAGGUAAAAAAAGUAGCGUCAGCAUCGUCAGAAGCUGGUGCAAGUACGAGUACAGAAGCUAUUAAACUUUCGACACCACGUAAAAAAAAGAAGAAAUCAACAUUAGAAAUUGAUGAUUUUAUGAUUUGCGCUAUAGGAAAUAUUAUAAACAGCUUUUAUACGCGAGUGGCCGAAAAAAACGUAUCACAAUCUGAAAAAGAAAUAGAAAAGUUAACACGCGAUGCUAUAAUAAGUAUAUCUGCAGAUGAUUGCAAGAGAGAAAUCAACCAUGUUGAUAGAUUAAGACAACAAUACUGGGAAAGUGAUCGACUGCAAGAAUUAAACGAGAGAGAACUCAUAAUUUCAUUGGGGACAAAUUCAGAGAGUGAUACGGACUCAAUUUUUAGUGACAGUGAGAGUGAAAUAUCUGGUGUAGAAUCUAUGGACACCUAUCCGAGUUUGAAGAUGAUGAAGGCAACGAUGAUGAUGAUUGAUGACGUGGAUUAUAGAUCUCAGGACCGAAAUCGUCAGUCAGAUAACUCAGCCGAAACAUCAUCUAAUUCUGAAGGCGAGCUUUCAGUUCCAAAUUCUCAUGCGAUUUCUAAUUCUUCUGUUACGCGAGUUACAAGCUUCCAGCGCCGUGGUGACGCCAUCGAGGUCGAGGAAUUUCUUAGUUUUUUAGCCAGAACGAAGAAGGUCAUCUCGUGGGAGAGUGUAUCAUCAAACGGAAGCUGUAGA